AGUUGAAUAGUUUUGGAAGCCAACAAAUACGAUGGCAGCCGCCUGGGAAGAAAUCAGACGUCUGGCAGCGGAUUUCCAGAGAGCACAGUUUGCUGACACAGUGCAGAGGUAGCUAAUGCCAGCGGGCGAUUGCAAAACAGCUAACGUUAGCUAACGAUACUCGAGUCGUUAGCUAGCUUCUCUGAACUUUAUAGUCAGGUGUAGCUAGUAAGUUAGCUAGAUAGAUACAUGACUUUGUUGACUGUUUAUGUCUGUGUAGUCAUAGAACUAGCGUUAUAGUCCGAGUUGGCUAGCUGAAACUAACGUUGUGUGGUGGGCUGAACCAGCAGGACAGCUAUCGUUAGUAGGACAGCUAACGUUAACUAGCUAUCUGUGCCUACGUGCAUUUUUUUUGUAUGACAAAUAAAUAAAUACAAUAUUUUUAAAUAACUGUGCCUACGGGCUUCCUGCAGAAGUUUUUAGCUGGACUAAUAUUGUAUUCCCUAGCUGCUAACUAGAGUAUGUUAGGUAAUGUAACAGAACCCCUGGCCUUUUUUAGGAAACAGCUGCUAAAACUAGCCAUUGAAAUACUCUGUUAAAAUCAAAUUGUAUUUGUCACAUGCGCCGAAUACAACUGGUGUAAACUUUACCGUGAAAUGCUUACAUACAAGUCCUUCCCAACGAUGCAGAGUUUAAAAAUAAAAUGGUAACAUGAGGAAUACAAUAAAAUACACAAGAAUGGAGCAAUACAGGGAGUACCAGUACCAUAUCAAUGUGCAGAGUUACGAGGUAUUUCAGGUAGAUACAGUAUGUACAUGAAGGCAGGGUAAAGUGAAUAGGCAUCAGUAUAGAUAACAGUAAUAUAAAGAACAGAGUAGCAGAAAAUGAUGAGUGUAAAAGUAUUUGUGUUGUUGUUGUGUGUGUGUGGGUAUGUCAAUGUAGUGGGUGUGAGUGAGUAUUCAGAUCCCUUGACUUUUUCCACAUUUUGUUACAUUACAGCCUUAUUCUAAAAUUGGUUAAAUUGUUUUUUCUCUCUCAUCAAUCUACACACAAUAUCCCAUAAUGACAAAGUGAAAACAGGUUUUAGAAAUGUUUGCAAAUGUAUUUUAUUUAUUUAAGCAAAGGGUGGCAAUUUGAAGAAUCUCAAAUAUAAAAUAUAUUUUGAUUUGUUUAACUCUUUAUUGGUUUCUACAUGAUUCCAUAUGUGUUAUUUCGUAGUUUUGAUGUAGUUACAAGUGAGAAAAUAGUAUAAAUAAAGAAAAACCUUGAAUGAGUAGGUGUUCUAAAACUUGAUUUGGAAAGGCACACACCUGUCUAUAUAAGGUCCCACAGUUGACAGUGCAUGUCAGAGCAAAAACCAAGCCUUGAGGUCAAAGGAAUUGUCCGUUGAGCUCCAAGACAGGAUUGUGUCGAGGCACAGAUCUGGGGAAGGGUACCAAAACAUUUCUGCAGCAUUGAAGGUCCCCAAGAAUACAGUAGCCUCCAUCAUUCUUAAAUGGAAGAAGUUUGGAACCACCAAGAAUCUUCCUAGAGCUGGCCGCCCGGCCAAACUGAGCAAUCGGGGGAGAAGGUGACCAAGAACCCGAUGGUCAUUCUGACAGAGCUCCAGAGUUCCGCAUCAUGCUCUGGGGAUGUUUUUCAGAGGCAGGGAGACUAGCCAGGAUCAAGGGAAAUAUGAAUGGAGCAAAGGACAGAGAGAUCCCCAUCCAACCUGACAGAGCUUGAGAAGAUCUGCAGAGAAGAAUCUGAGACUCCCCAAAUACAGGUGUGCCAAGCUUGUAGCAUCAUACCCAAGAAGACUUGAGGCUGUAAUCGCUGCCAAAGGUCCUUCAACAAAGUACUGAGUAAAGGGUAUGGUGUGUAGAUUGAUGAGGGGGAAAAAACUAUGUAUUCCAUUUUAGAAUAAGGCUGUAACAUAACAAAAUGUGGAAAAAAUCAAGGGGUCUGAAUACUUUCCAAAUGCACUGUAUAGUAUAGUGAGUGUGCGUAGGGUCAGUGCAAUAUAAGGUCAGUUGUGCAGAUAGUUUGGGUACCAUUAAUUGACUUAUUUAGCAGUCUAAUGGAUUGGGGGUAGAAGCUGUCUCGGAGCCUGUUGGUCCGAGAGCCAAUGCUCCAGUACCGUUUGCCGGACGGGAGCAGAGUGAAUAGUCUAUGGCUUGGGUGGCUGGAGUCUUUGGCAAUUUAUCGGGCCUUUCUCUGACACCGCCUGAUAUAGAGGUCCUGGAUGGCAGGGAGCUCGGGCCCCAAUUAUGUACUGGGCUGUCCGCAGCAAUCUCUGUAUCGCUUUUUGGUCGAGGGCAGUGCAUUUGCCAUACCAAGCAGUGAUGCAGCCUGUCAAGAUGCUCUCUCGAUGGUGCAGCAGUAUAACUUUUUGAGAUCUGAGGGCCCAUGCCAAAUCUUUGUAGCUUCCUGAUGGGGAAGAGGCGCUGCCGUGCCCUCUUCACGACUGUGUAGGUGUGUGUGGACCAUGUUAAGUCCUUAGUGAUGUGGAUGCCAAGGAACUUGAAGCUCUCGAUCCGCUCCACUACAGCCCUCUCAAUCCGCUCCACUACAGGGAGUACAGGAGGGGACUAAGCACACACCCCUAAGGGGCCCCCGUGCUGAGGUUCAGCGUGGCGGAGGCGUUGUUGCCUACCCUCACAACUGGGGCCGGCUCGUCAGGAAGUCCAGGAUCCAGUUGCAGAGGGAGGGGUUCAGUCCCAGGGUCCCUAGCUUGGUGAUGAGCUUGAAGGGGACUAUGGUAUUGAACGCUAAGCUGUAGUCUAUGAACAGCAUUCUCACAUAGUUAUUUCCCUUCUUGUCCAGGUGGGAGAGGGUGGUGUGAAGUGCAAUUGAGAUUUCAUAAUCUGUGGAUCUGUUGGGGCGGUAUGCGAAUUGGAGUGGGUCUAGGGUGUCUGGGAUGAUGGUGUUGAUGUGUGUCAUUAUCAGCCUUUCAAAGCACUUCAUGAUUACAGUUGUGAGUGCUACAGGGCGAUAGUCAUUUAGGCUGGUUACCUUGGUGCUCUUGGGAACAGAGACAAUGGUGGUCAUCUUGAAUCAUGUUGGGAUUACAGACUGGGACAAGGAGAGAUCUAAAAUAUCCUUGAAGACACAUGCCAGCUGGUCUGCGCAUGCUUUGAGAGUGCGCCCUGGUAUUCCGCCUUGUGAUUGUUAACCUGUUUAAAGGGUUGCUCACAUCGGCCACGGAGAGCGAGAUCACACAGUCAUCCGGAAAAACAAGCAUGAAAGGCAUUUGCUUGUUUGGGAGUUCUGCAUCGCUGGGCAACUCAUGGCUGGGUUUCCCUAUGUAAUCCGUUAUCAUCUGCAAGCCUUGCCACGUAUGAGCGUCGGAGCCGGUAUAAUAGGAUUCCACCUUCCUCCUAUAUUGUCUUUUUGCAUAUUUGAUGUCUCGUCGGAGGUCGUAGCGUGCUUUCUUGUAUGCGUCCAUGUCAGUGUCCCGUUCCUUGUAAGCGGUAACUCUAGCCUUUAGCUCAGCAGGGAUUUUGCCUGUAAUCCAUGGUUUUUGUUUUGGAUACGUUCGUAUAGUCACUGUGGGGACGCCAUCCUCUAUGCACUUAUUGAUGAAGCCCGUGACUGUUGUGGUAAACUCUUCAAUGCUAUCGGAUGAAUCCCGGGACAUAUACCAGGGGACUCAAAUGCCUCUUACUAAAUGGAUAGAAUUACAUAUAGAACUAAAUUAUAGGAUCUUUGUGUCUAAAUGCCUCUUCUACUGUAAAUCCUUCCCAGGUUGUCGGAGAGGAACUGCAUUGAAAUCGUUGCCAAGCUGGUUGAAGAGAAGAAGUUGGAUGUGGUACACACACUUGAUGGCAAGGAGUACAUCACCCCGUCCCAAAUCAGUAGGGAGAUACGGGACGAGCUCUACGUCCAUGGAGGUCAGUUGGCUAGACAACGUUCUUCUGAUUCCAUUACCUUUGUCGUCAAAGAAAAAAGUUUUGCACUCAUUCAUCUCAGAUCAUGGUUGCAUAGAUGUUCAAGGUUUAACAUACACCUACAUUUAUUGACAUGGGCAAAAGGUUAUGGAAAAGAUGGUCCUCUGUAGUUCAGUUAGUUGGUAGAGCAUGGUGCUUGCAACGCCGGGGUAGUGGGUUCUUUUACCAGGACGACCCAUACGUAAAAUGUACGCACACAUGACUAAGUCGCUUUGGAUAAAAGCAUCUGUUAAAUGGCAUAUAUUAUACUAAAUGAUUAUGGUUAUAUAUACAGUGGGGAGAACAAGUAUUUGAUACACUGCCGAUUUUGCAGGUUUUCCUACUUACAAAGCAUGUAGAGGUCUGUAAUUUUUAUCAUAGGUACACUUCAACUGUGAGAGACGGAAUCUAAAACAAAAAUCCAGAAAAUCACAUUGUAUGAUUUUUAAGUAAUUAAUUUGCAUUUUAUUGCAUGACAUAAGUAUUUGAUACAUCAGAAAAGCAGAACUUAAUAUUUGGUACAGAAACCUUUGUUUGCAAUUACAGAGAUCAUACGUUUCCUGUAGGUCUUGACCAGGUUUGCACACACUGCAGCAGGGAUUUUGGCCCACUCCUCCAUACAGACCUUCUCCAGAUCCUUCAGGUUUCGGGGCUGUCGCUGGGCAAUACGGACUUUCAGCUCCCUCCAAAGAUUUUCUAUUGGGUUCAGGUCUGGAGACUGGCUAGGCCACUCCAGGACCUUGAGAUGCUUCUUACGGAGCCACUCCUUAGUUGCCCUGGCUGUGUGUUUCGGGUCGUUGUCAUGCUGGAAGACCCAGCCACGACCCAUCUUCAAUGCUCUUACUGAGGGAAGGAGGUUGUUGGCCAAGAUCUCGCGAGACAUGGCCCCAUCCAUCCUCCCCUCAAUACGGUGCAGUCGUCCUGUCCCCUUUGCAGAAAAGUAUCCCCAAAGAAGGAUGUUUCCACCUCCAUGCUUCACGGUUGGGAUGGUGUUCUUGGGGUUGUACUCAUCCUUCUUUUUCCUCCAAACACGGUGAGUGGAGUUUAGACCAAAAAGCUCAAUUUUUGUCUCAUCAGACCACAUGACCUUCUCCCAUUCCUCCUCUGGAUCAUCCAGAUGGUCAUUGGCAAACUUCAGACGGGCCUGGACAUGCUCUGGCUUGAGCAGGGGUACCUUGCGUGCGCUGCAGGAUUUUAAUCCAUGACAGCGUAGUGUGUUACUAAUGGUUUUCUUUGAGACUGUGGUCCCAGCUCUCUUCAGGUCAUUGACCAUGUCCUGCCGUGUAGUUCUGGGCUGAUCCCUCACCUUCCUCAUGAUCAUUGAUGCCCCACGAGGUGAGAUCUUGCAUGGAGCCCCAGACCGAGGGUGAUUGACCGUCAUCUUGAACUUCUUCCAUUUUCGAAUAAUUGCGCCAACAGUUGUUGCCUUCUCACCAAGCUGCUUGCCUAUUGUCCUGUAGCCCAUCCCAGCCUUGUGCAGGUAUACAAUAUUAUCCCUGAUGUCCUUACACAGCUCUCUGGUCUUGGCCAUUGUGGAGAGGUUGGAGUCUGUUUGAUUGAGUGUGUGGACAGGUGUCUUUUAUACAGGUAACAAGUUCAAACAGGUGCAGUUAUUACAGGUAAUGAGUGGAGAACAGGAGGGCUUCUUAAAGAAAAACUAACAGGUCUGUGAGAGCCGGAAUUCUUAGUGGUUGGUAGGUGAUCAAAUACUUAUGUCAUGCAAUAAAAUGCAAAUUAAUUACUUAAAAAUCAUACAAUGUGAUUUUCUGGAUUUUUGUGUACCUAUGAUAAAAAUUACAGACCUCUACAUGCUUUAUAAGUAGGAAAACCUGCAAAAUCGGCAGUGUAUCAAAUACUUGUUCUCCCCACUGUAUAUUUUUUAAUCUUGUGUUUCUGCUUUCCAAAGGUCGUGUCAACAUUGUGGACCUACAGAAGGUGUGUCACUCUGCAGUACUAAUUCAUCUUCCUAGUUUGUAGCGCUGUAGUUAAGUGUUUCUGACAAUAAUGUUUUUUUAAAAUUGUUUACAGAUUAUCAACGUUGAUUGGGUCCAUGUUGAGGCCAGAGCAAAUGACAUAGCAAGAUCUGAUAAAAGCGUUCAACUGGUGCUGGGGCAGCUUAUCGAUGAGUAAGUAGACUCUUUUCACAUUACAUAUUUUUCAUUGUAGUACUGUCAACUACUGGGCUAUCAGAUUUGUUCUGAUUUCCCUUUGUCUUCAAGAAACUACCUGAAUCGAGUUUCUGAGGAGGUGAAUGAUAAACUACAAGAGGCAGGCUUGGUGAACAUCCCAGAACUAUGUAAAAACUAUGACCUUCCAGGGGACUUCCUGACUGAGGUGAGACAAGGGAACAGUCUAAACGGGGUCCUUGGGACGUCCCAACUCUGACGUCACCCCAUUUAUGUUGAAAUUCAAAAUGGUUAGUGUUUAGGGUAGGGACAUCGCAAGGAUACCGCAUAGCACUAACCAUGAGUUUAGAGCCCCCUCUGUCUUCUUGUCAAUACCAUCCCCUCUGUUUCAUAUUUGAGGUGAUACUGACAGAAAAUAUCUGCAAUUAAUCAUGUGUAUCCUUUGAUAUCAGUAGGCUUUUGACAGCUUGAGUUAAAGCUUGAGGUGCAUGUAUGGACCUGUACACACAGUUCUUAUCUGAAAUGGUCCUGUGUAGCUCAGUUGGUAGAGCAUGGCGUUUGAAAAUGUAUGCACUCACUAACUGUAAGUCGCUCUGGAGUGUCUGCUAAAGGACUAAAAUGUAAAUGUACAUUUAAAUGUUAUCCACUUUGUCUGAUUGUGUGCUGUGCUGUGUCUCAUAGGAGCUGUCGAAGCGCCUUGGGAAAGUCAUCCAAGGCCAGAUGGAUGAGUACAACAGGGGAGUCUUAUUCACCCCUGCAUUUGUCUCUCGCCACAGAGCUCGCAUCCGUGGGCUUUUCAGUGCAGUGACUUGGUAUGUUCCAUACCGAUCCCCUUCUUGUCUUGCGUUUUUAACCAACACUAUCUUCGUUUUUUUCGCUCUGCUCCUAAUACUUAAUUCCUUUGAUUCCUUGUGUAGGCCAACACCAGUCGGUAACGUGAUUGGCAUUUAUGGUUUUCAGGAACAUCUUCUCUACUGUAAGUAGCUAUUCCUUCUGUUGUGUUAAUAUUCAGACCAAACAGUUAGAAUAUUGUCAGCACUGUACCAUGUGUGUUUUGGGUGUAUAGUGAUUUGAUCUGUGUGUUCAUAUACAGUACAAAGAAUGUUUUGAGUAGGCCUAAUCAAACAAAUUCAGUUGUAUGUCAUGCUAUCGUUCAACUAACUUUUGGGCCAUUGUUCCCCAGCUGUUUUGGAGGAGCUGGUGAAUACUGGCCGUCUGAAAGGCACUGUGGUGGGGGGCCGGCAGGACAAAGCUGUCUACAUCCCUGACAUCUACUCCAAAACACAGAAUGCCUGGGUGGACUCAUUCCUCAAGCAGAACGGCUACUUAGGUACUCCCACCUUAAAUUAUUUAUGGGAUAUACUAAGAUUAUUGGUUGCAAUAUUUCUUUUUCAUAAUUUCCAUACUGGAAUUCUGCCUAAAACCUGAUAUUUCCUCUGUUCCCCCCACACAGAGUUUGAUUCCUUGAUCAGACUUGGCAUCCCUGACCCAGUGAGCUACAUCAAGAAGCGUUUCAAGUCCAGCAAGCUGCUGUUCCUUAGGGCAGCCUGUGUAGGCCAGACCCUGGUAGACCAGGUGGAGGCUUCUGUGGAGGAGGCUGUCAACUCUGCCACAUGGGCCGAUGUACAGGUCCAUACAAACCUGCUUUAUGAAUCGUUUUCUGCCAAAAAAAAAAAAAUCUUUAUAGCAUAAUAUGUUGAUUUUGCUCAGUAACUAGCUUGCGUCACAUUUAAAGUAUACAGUGCGUAUAUAUACAGUACCAGUCAAAGGUUUGGACACACCUACUCAUUCCAGGGUUUGUCUUUGUAGAAUAAUAGUGAAGACAUCAAAACUAUGAAAUAACACAUAUGGAAUCAUGUAGUAACCAAAAAAGUGUUAAACAAAUCCAAAUAUAUUUUAUAUUUCAGAUUCUUCAAAAUAGCCACCCUUUGUCUUGAUGACAGCUUUGCACACUCUUGGCAUUCUCUCAACCAGCUUCACCUGGAAUGCUUUUCCAACAGUCUUGAAGGAGUUCCCACAUAUGCUGAGCACUCGUUGGCUGCUUUUCCUUCACUCUGCGGUCCAACUCAUCCCAAACCAUCUCAAUUGGGUUGAGGUCGGGUGAUCCUGUGCACUCUGGAUCUUCCAUUCCUGUGGCGGUCCUCAUGAGAGCCAGUUUCAUCAUAGCGCUUGAUGGCUUUUGCGACUGCACUUGAAGAAACUUUCAAAGUUCUUGACAUUUUCCGAAUUGACUGACCUUCAUGUCUAAAGUAAUGAUGGGCUGUCGUUUCUCUUUGCUUAUUUGAGCUGUUCUUGCCAUAAUAUGGACUUGGUCUUUUACCAAAUAGGGCUAUCUUCUGUAUACCCCCCAUACCUUGUCACAACAUAACUGAUUGGCUCAAACGCAUUAAGAAGGAAAUAAAUUCCACAAAUUAACUUUUAACAAGGCACACCUGUUAAUUGAAAUGCAUUCCAGGUGACUACCUCAUGAAGCUGGUUGAGACAAUGCCAAGAGUGUGCAACGCUGUCAUCAAGGCAAAGGGUAGCUACUUUGAAGAAUCUCAAAUAUAGAAUAUAUUUGAUUUGUUUAACAUUUAAUUGGUUUCUACAUGAUUCCAUAUGUGUUAUUUCAUAGUUUUGAUGUCUUCACUAUUAUUCUACAAUGUAGAAAAUAGUAAAAAUAAAGACAAACCCUGGAAUGAGUAGGUGUGUCCAAACGUUUGACUGGUACUGUAUAUAAAAUCAUCUCAUUUUCUUGAGUCACUUAAAGUGUGCCAUGUGUUCCCCUGCUUUUGACAUGUAGCCCAUUCUGCCCAGCUGUCUGUCCAUGGAGGACGUUGGCAUCAUAAUCAACGAGGCCAUGAGAACGACCAACGUGCAGUCGACUGCCAGGGUCCUGGGAGACACCGUGGUGGUCAGCGAGAAGUUCAUCAGCAACUGUCUCUGUCUUUUUGAGGAGACCAUGCAGCAUAAAGCUCAGAAGGUAAAUCACACCGGUCAUGAAGUUACCUGAUGGCCCAAAACUGUGAUUGUCAUUGUCUUUUGAGAUGGAUAUAAACUGAAUGUACAAAGCAUUAAGAACACCUGCUCUUUCCAUGACAGACUGACCAGGUGAAUCCAGGUGAAAGCUAUGAUCCCUUAUUGAUGUCACCUGUUAAAUCCACUUCAAUCAGUGUAGAUGAAGGGGAGGAGACAGGAUAAAGAAGGAUUUUUAAGCCUUGAGACAAUUGAGACAUGGAUUGUGUAUGUGUGCCAUUCAGAUGGUGAAUGGGCAAGACAAAAUAUUUAUUUGCCUUUGAACAGGGUAUGAUAGUAGGUGCCAGGUGCGUCGGUUUGUGUCAAGACCUGCAACAGUUUCCCGUGUGUAUCAAGAAUGGUCCACCACCCAAAGGACAUCCAGCCAACUUGACACAACUGUGGGAAUCAUUGGGAUCAACAUGGGCCAGCAUCCCUGUGGAACGCUUUCGACACCUUGUAGAGUCCAUGCCCUGACGAAUUGAGGCUUUUCUGAGGGCAAAAGGGGGUGGGGGUGCAACUCAAUAUUAGGAAGAUGUUCUUAAUGUGUUGUACACACAGUGUAUAGCUGUGUCUCCUUUCCACUUCAUCAAUUCCAUGCUGUUCUCUUUCAGGAAGCCAAGAACAACCCUGUUUUCCUGAUAACUGAAGACGAUCUCAAGCAAGGCGCUAUGAUGACAGAAAAUACAGCCCCCUCCAAAAAGGAGAAGAGGGAGGCAGAGAGGAGGAGAAGGACUACAGGUAGUACAGGCCAGGCCUAUCUGUUAGUCUAUCUGUUAUCAACUAGACAUGGUAACCUCUUCUAAGGCUAGGUAUUUUCUGCUCGGUAGUUGGAGAGAUUUGACCCCUGGUCAGUUCCUCGUCAUUCAUUAAUUAACCUAACGUAGCAGGUGUCAAAAUACGCCUGUGCGGCGUCCCCACAUCCGUUUUUCAGGAGAAAUGGACGUUAGGUUAAAAAUACUACAUCCCUUAAAACCGGAAACAUCUGCUUUCUGCAGACCCCGCGGAGAGUGUUCAUUAAUUGGUUAUUGUUUUGCUUCCUAGAGGGCAGCGGCAGUAAAGGAGGUGGUGGAGGAUGCAACGCCAGAGAGGUCAGGAUACGCAAAACCAAGAGGAAGGGCAAGAGGGACGAUGACAGUGACGAGGAGACAGCAGUCACCCCACAAAGUAUGACUACAGUCAUUAUGUUGCCUGGGUUCCACACUGAAUUCACUAUGUAGCACGGCUCCAGUUUGGAUCACAGGCUAACGUUAUUGUGGGUUUGCACAAUAAAACCCUACAGUGAAGUGAAAAAAGAAUUUGAUCCCCUGCUGAUUUUGUACGUUUGCCCACUGACAAAGAAAUGAUCAGUCUAUAAUUUUAAUGGUAGGUUUAUUUGAACAGUGAGAGACAGAAUAACAACAAAGAAAUCCAGAAAAACGCAUGUCAAAAAUGUUAGAAAUUGAUUUGCAUUUUAAUGAGGGAAAUAAGUAUUUGACCCCUCUGCAAAACAUGACUUAGUACUUGGUGGCAAAACCCUUGUUGGCAAUCACAGAGGUCAGACGUUUCUUGUAGUUGGCCACCAGGUUUGCACACAUCUCAGGAGGGAUUUUGUCACACUCCUCUUUGCAGAUCUUCUCCAAGUCAUUAAGGUUUCGAGGCUGACGUUUGGCAACUCGAACCUUCAGCUCCCUCCACAGAUUUUCUAUGGGAUUAAGGUCUGGAGACUGGCUAGGCCACUCCAGGACCUUAAUGUGCUUCUUCUUGAGCCACUCCUUUGUUGCCUUGGCCGUGUGUUUUGGGUCAUUGUCAUGCUGGAAUACCCAUCCACGACCCAUUUUCAAUGCCCUGGUUGAGGGAAGGAGGUUCUCACCCAAUAUUUGACAGUACAUGGCCCCGUCCAUCGUCCCUUUGAUGCGGUGAAGUUGUCCUGUGCCCUUAGCAGAAAACCACCCCUAAAGCAUAAUGUUUCCACCUCCAUGUUUGACGGUGGGGAUGGUGUUCUUGGGGUCAUAGGCAGCAUUCCUCCUCCUCCAAACACGGCGAGUUGAGUUGAUGCCAAAGAGCUCCAUUUUGGUCUCAUCUGACCACAACACUUUCACCCAGUUCUCCUCUGAAUCAUUCAGAUGUUCAUUGGCAAACUUCAGACGGGCAUGUAUAUGUGCUUUCUUGAGCAGGGGGACCUUGCGGGCGCUGCAGGAUUUCAGUCCUUCACGGCGUAGUGUGUUACCAAUUGUUUUCUUGUUGACUAUGGUCCCAGCUGCCUUGAGAUCAUUGACAAGAUCCUCCCGUGUAGUUCUGGCCUGAUUCCUCACCGUUCUCAUGAUCAUUGCAACUCCACGAGGUGAGAUCUUGCAUGGAGCCCCAGGCCGAGGGAGAUUGACAGUUAUUUUGUGUUUCUUCCAUUUGCGAAUAAUCGCACCAACUGUUGUCACCUUCUCACCAAGCUGCUUGGCGAUGGUCUUGUAGCCCAUUCCAGCCUUGUGUAGGUCUACAGUCUUGUCCCUGACAUCCUUGGAGAGCUCUUUGGUCUUGGCCAGGGUGGAGAGUUUGGAAUCUGAUUGAUUGAUUGCUACUGCGGACAAGUGUCUUUUAAACAGGUAACAAUCUGAGAUUAGGAGCACUCCCUUUUAAGAGUGUGCUCCUAAUCUCAGCUCGUUACCUGUAUAAAAGACAUCUGGGAGCCAGAAAUCUUUCUGAUUGAGAGGGGGUCAAAUACGUAUUUCCCUCAUUAAAAUGCAAAUCAAUUUAUACAAUAUUUGACGUGCGUUUUUCUGGAUUUUUUUGUUGUUAUUCUGUCUCUCACUGUUCAAAUAAACCUAUCAUUAAAAUUAUAGACUCAUCAUUUCUUUGUCAGUGGGCAAACGUACAAAAUCAGCAGGGGAUCAAAUACUUUUUUCCCUCACUGUAUGUCAAUUCAGGUACAGUAUUACAUUGUUUGUUCGGUGAGGUAGUUCUCUGUAAUGAGAUCUUAACAGUUGUUGGAAGAGAUUGCUCCCCUGGGUGAUUAAGCCUGUUAGUGUAAGACCAAGGGAACUGUAAUACCCCCAUUUAAGGCCAAUUAUAUUUUUCUUUCACUCUUUUGCAGAUCGUAACAAACAGACUGAAGUCCCCUUCAUGGGCCUGGAGGAGAUCACCGCUGUUCUAGAAGAGAGAGUGUGUGACUGCCCCGAAGAAAUCCUCUCUGAGUUGGCGGAGCAUUUAGUAAGGUAGGGAUUCCUGUCACGAUCACGAUUAGUCACAAUCACUUUCAAGCACAAUGUAUUAACCCCUUUACUCAACCAACAAAAUAAAUACUGUGCAUCAAUGCGUCAGUUUUAACAUGCAAGACUCUUGCUCUGUCUGCAGGCCAUUGACUAAGACCUACCAGGAGGUGGUUCGGACUGUGUUCAUGUCCUCCACUAGCUCCACGACCGGUGUGACCAAGAAGAGAAGUGUGAAGGACUUCCAGGAGGAGCUCUCCAACCUGUACAACAACAUCAGGCUCUUUGAGAAAGGGACCAAGCUCUUCUCUGGUAAAUAGCUUUAAUUUACCUCCUACAGAAGUACAGGUGAUCCUCAUUGAACGUAAAACCUAUUAAUGCAGCAUAAACAUCAACUGAUCAAUCCUUAUUUGAGCCCACAGAUGAGACCCAGGUCCACAUUGCCAAGUACGUCCUGAAGACGGUGUGCACGGACAUCACCAAUAUCCUGGUGAAUUUCAUGGCAGCUGAACUCAUGAUGUCAGCAGAGAAUCCCAGCUCUAUCACCAACGAGGUUAGCUCUCCUCUCAGCUUGUCAUUCCAAGCCUGUUCAGUGCUGUUGGUCAAGUACUUUAGUGAGGCUUCAUCCAUGUACUGCACAUUCCCAAAUGUCACAAUGUCUGUCAAUGUAUCCCCCUUUAGGUCAGAGUGAAGAUGUUAGGAAUGUUUCCAGAGGAAACCAAAGGGCCUCUUAUGAAAGUGCACAACAGUCUGAAUGGAAAAGUAAGUUAUGUUCAUUCAGUUGGAGGGUUACUACAUUAUCAUUGUUGUUAUAAACAAAGAAAUGUACUUUGAGAUUGCUCUCUCAUAUGUAUCAUAUGCAUGGAGCUUUUCUGACACUAUUGAUAUUUGUUUCUUUUCAGACGAUUGAAGAUUUUUUAACCAAUAUAGAAACAGCAGUUGAGGUGUGUGGAUUCAUGCUGAAGAAAGGAGACAAGAAAAGAGAAAGGUUAAAGCAACCAAUUAAGUCAAAGCAUUUACCUGUCUAUAAUAACUAUGGACCUGGGUCAUUGUCUGAGGUGCUACACAUUCUUGGCUGACUGGGCAGUGUGUGUGUUCUGGUUCCUAUAGACAGGCCCUGUUCCUGCACCGGCAGGCUCUGAUAGAGCAGCUGAAGGAGACGGAGGACCCAGCCUUGAUUCUCCACCUGACCAGUGUGCUGCUCUUCCAGGCCAGCACCCACUGCAUGCUGCACGCCCCCGGACGCUGUGUCCCCCAGAUCAUAGGGACUCUGGUGGGCCGCGUCUCUGAGGUACUGCCCCCUUUCUCCUUGGUUCUCAUUGAUAAUACAUUACACUAAAUUCCUAGUGUUAUUAUACCAGUAAUAGUUAGAAUGGUGUAUGUUUGCAACCUUUUAUGUUAUUGGGAUGUUUUCGAUUAGCUCUAUGGGGGACCUAUGGUGAUCUUUUUCUGCAACACUUACAUUGUGACCUGUUUACAAUUGACACCGUUUUUAAGAUGACAUCAUACUGAAGCUUUUGGAUGGGUGUGGUUGUUGUGUUCCAGGAGCAGCACAGGCUGCUGACGGGCUACCAGGGUCUGGUGGUUAAGCAGCUGGUGAGCCAGAGCCAGGGGAAAAAGCAGGAGCAGGGGGAGGGAGAGAACCCAGAGGAGGGGGACGAGGCAGAGGCCAUCCGGAAGGAGCUGGUCUCCCUGACCAGCGAAGUAAAGGAUCUGGUCCUCUCUCAGAAGAAGACGUCUGGGACUGAAGAGUGAAUGGGCUUGUGCCACAUCGACUGCAUUGCAGUUGGAAACUGCCAGCUGACUGAUCUACAAAUCACCUAACUACUCAUUAUUAUUUGUAGAUCAGUCAGUUAGUACUGAUUUACCCACAAUGCAUCGCCGAUUUAAUGCUCUCCAAAGCGGCCAAUGAAUGUCCAGAAAUCUAGAAAUAAAUUCAUAAUUAAAUACUGUAGAUCAGCUGCCCCAAACACAAUUGUCUUACAAAGUGCUUUCUCAACAGUCUUACCCAUUUAGACUAAGAAAUAUCUGAUACCCACCUAG